AUGAGUACUUGUGAACUUCCCACCACAACAGAGAGUCUUUCCGGUGAUGAGCUGCCAAAUAGUGAGGAUUAUAAAAAAGGCGUCGAGUAUAUUACUGAUACGUGGCCAAACUUGUCCAAGCUACCUUCAGAAUAUGUUUUGCCAUUAACCACUAAUCCAUUAUUAGUUAGUCAUGAUUCAAUUCCUGUCAUCGAUUUGAGUGGUCUCAAUGGAUCGGCUGAGUCUAGAAUGAUGACUAUUCAGGCCCUCGAUUCUGCCUGUUCCGAAUGGGGAAUCUUCGGAGUUGUUAAUCACGGGAUAAAGAUCUCUGUAAUGGAGGAAAUGCUUGAGGCCCCUGCCUAUGUCCUCCAAGUAUUCUAUCUGGAGGGACUAUAUGAGACAUCAUGGGCAGGCCGUCCUCUUCAUAGCAACUCUGAUCUUUGGCCUAGCAAUCCCUCUAACCAUAGGAACAUAGCCAAGGAAUUUAUAGAGGAGGUUUGGCAGUUGCAACUGAAGAUAGCAAGUGCAUUAUCAGAAGCUUUAGGGCUUGACAGUGAUUACAUAGAGAAGUCACUUGGAGAAGGUUUUCAAAUCGUUGGUUCUAAUUAUUACGCGCCAUGUCAAGAGCCACACCGAACACUAGGGAUACGCGAACAUUCUGAUCAUGGUGGACUUACAGUUUUGAUGCAAAAUGAUGUCGAUGGCUUACAAGUUGAACAUGAUGGAGAAUGGGUUGCUGUUAGAAUCGUGCCAGGGUCUUUUGUAAUCAACAUAGGAGAUUACAUGGAGAUUUUGAGCAAUGGAAGGUACAAAACUUUGAAGCAUCGAGGUGUGACAAAUGCACAAAGAACGAGGAUAUCAAUAGCGGUGGGCAAUGGUCCUGGUCUGACCUCCACAGUUGCACCUGCAAGCCCACUGCUGGAUGAGAAGAUUGAGAUAAAAUCAAAACGGCACUAUAAGAGGAAAAAGUCCAUUGCAAGCCAUGAAUGA